GGCAGCGCAGGGGGAGACCGCGCUCGCCUGGGUUAGGGGAUGGAGUAACGGGGAAGCAGAAGGCAGCAAGAUGAAGGUCAAUAAUACUCUGGCGAAAGCACUAUAUGACAACAAAGCAGAGUGCUCUGAUGAGCUGGCCUUCCGCAAAGGAGACAUCCUGACAGUUCUCGACCAAAAUGUCGUCGGCAGUGAAGGUUGGUGGAAAUGUUCCCUCCAUGGGAGACAGGGCCUAGCUCCUGCUAAUCGCCUCCAGCUCCUUGCUGGCUCUCAGGCAGACCUGCCACCUCCUUCCACUGAGAGUGAUGCUGCCGAACAGCCAGUUGGCCAACAAAACAUUUACCAGGUUCCUUCCACUCCUAAGUCUACCACAUUGUCGUCUACGUAUGAAAAGAUGGAUGGGUGGGUUAAAUCACCAGCUAGGAUCUCUCCUCUACCUUCCCAAGGAAUAUAUCAGGUCCCAGCCUUGGCUGCACAGCUACUCAGUGAAAAGACCCGAAGCUCAAGAAAUCAGCACCUACUUACUCUUCCGAGAGCAUGCCGGGCUUCAGUCCCAAAUAUCAGACCUGAGGUAUAUGAUGUUCCAUCAUCACAGCACCGAGAGUUCUUAUUCACGCAGAGCGGUGCCACUCCACCCACAAGAAGAAAGGGAUCUGCACUCUUUGGAUCCACUGAAUGUUUCUGGGAAGAGCCGAACCAGCUUUAUGACAUCCCAUCCAGCCCAGAAAAGGCAGGGACCGUUGUCCAGAAAGAUGCCUCAGUGAGCAAUUUAUAUGAUGUUCCUCCCAAAAGAGAACCUGAUGUUUCAGAAAAUGGAUCUCAGAAAAAGUGCUGGGGCCAUUACAAUACCUUGCCAAAUCCUCGAAAGUCAGAAUGGAUUUAUGAUAUUCCAGUAUCACCAGAAAAAAAAGGAUUUAAACAAAGCCCUCCUGGCCAUUCCUUGGAGAGUCAGGUGUUGUAUGAUAUACCACCAGCCAGGUACAGGGCACUGACAACAAACACAGAAGCCAAAGUUGUAAAUCCACAGUUAUAUGAUAUUCCACCAACACAAAACAAAGCAAUAGUUCCAGAUGUCCCUCUUUAUGACGUUCCAUCUUCACGGGACACGUUCCUUUUUCAACAAAACGGUAGCCACGAUGUGCCUCAAAGUCUCCUGGCUCCAAAGGUUGAGAAUCAGAUUUCUGAAGUGAAUGUUUAUGAUAUUCCAAAAGCUAUGCCCACUGUUUCACAAUGCAGGAAGGAGAUGGGAGAAAACAACAGUUCUGGAGACCAGGCAUACCAUGUUCCUCCACAGCUCUCAAAAGAUGUAAAAUUAGAACAGGACAGAGUAUCUCUUUCUAGCGUGGAUAGCAGAACAAGCACUACCUCUACAUCCUCAAACUCUUCUGCUGAGUCCUUUUCGGUGUCAUCAUCAGAAGAGCCUAUCAACGAAAUCAAACUAGACCUUGAGGUAGCCAUAGAGACACUGACUAGAUUGCAGCACAGUGUAUCUAGCUCAGUCGCGAGUUUAAUGAUCUUUGUGAGCAGUAAAUGGAGAUUACAAGAACACCUAGAGAAAAACAUUGAAGAAAUCCAUAGAGCAAUUGAUCACAUAAAAGUGUCAAUGGGAGAAUUCUUGGCCUUUGCUCAAGCCAUAAAGGUAAAUGCCUCUUACCUCACUGAUAAUAACCUUCAGAUCAGAAUUAAAAAACAGCUAGAAAUUCUUGUGAACUCAUUCCAAAUCUUAACAGAAACAAGAGAAGCAUUAAACAACUGCAAAUGGUUGCCAGAGGUGUUGGUUAUCAAGAAACCUCAGAAUAACCCAGAUGAUCUCGAUCGCUUUGUUAUGGUAGCUCGUACAAUUCCAGAUGAUAUUAAGAGAUUUGUAUCCAUCAUCAUUGCCAAUGGAAAGCUUCUCUUCAGAAAGAAUGACAAGGAACAAGAAAUGAAGCAAUCAAAAUUGAACACAGAAUAUAAAAUAGCAAAACAGAUUACAUUGCCCAGAAGAAUAGAAUUCGAUUCACUUCAAAGAAAUGUUCCUGAUAAACCAAACCAAAGUCAAGUCUCUUCUGACAAACCAAAAGAAAAUGCCGUUGAGGACUGUGAUUAUGUUCAGCUACAGGCACAGAAAAUCCAUUCAGCUACCGAGGUAGCAAAGAAGAACACAGAUUCAAACACAAAGGUUUUGCCAUCUGCAAAAAGGAAUAUUUUUCAAAGCAAGCAGGACUCUGCAAAGAAAAUGAAUCCUUCGGAACACUGUAUGCUGUGUUUUGGAGCACUUCACAAGGCAAUUGGUGUCUUUACAAAUAGUCUCAGCAAUAACCAACCGCCUGAAAUCUUCAUAUCACACAGCAAACUGAUCAUUAUGGUGGGACAGAAGUUAGUGGAUUCUCUCUGCCAGGAAACUCAAGAAAAAGAUGCCCGUAAUGACAUUCUCCACAGCAGCAGUCGAUUUUGUAGCCUGUUGAAAAAUCUGGCCCUUGCCACCAAAAAUGCUGCAAUACAAUAUCCAAAUGCAGACGCUAUGAGGGAACUUCAGAACAAGACUGAUGAGCUGUCUAAAUACACACAACAGUUCAGAGCAAUGAUGGAAUGAAGGAAACUUCAUUAUUUUUAGAAAUACUGGUGAAAACUUGAAUUUCUCUGUUGUUAUGAUUCUUUCUUCAGUCCUUUGGCAUUUGGCAGUCAAGGAGAGCAAAAGCAGCUCCAGAAGGCCAGCUUCCAGUCAGUACUAAGAAGUCCUGCUGGGCAGCUCCCUUGGGUACUGAUGCAUUUUCAGACCCCACAACAGCAGACUCUGUGCCCCAGAAAAGGAUUUGUAUAAUUAAAUCUGUACUUUCUUUUCCACUGUUCCAUGGCUGGAAACCUCUUCUUCCUAGUGUCCUGGCAAGAAUGUCUGCUGCAUA